AAAUGGGAGGAGCGCACGAGGAGCGCCGGCACCCCCGUGUGUCAGAGGGCCGCACCGCGCUGCAGAUGAAGCAUGCCGGGCGACAGCGAGACAAAGCCAGGUGACCAAGCCGAAAAUGAGAGCCACACUCGGCAGCCUUUCCUCAUCGGCGUGGCUGGAGGGACAGCCAGCGGCAAGUCAUCAGUAUGCAGCAAGAUCAUGGAAAUGCUGGGGCAGAACGAGAUCGACCACCACCAGAGGCAAGUGGCCAUCCUCAGCCAGGACUGCUUCUACAGGGUCCUCACCCCAGAGCAGAAGGCCAAAGCGCUCAAGGGCCAGUACAACUUCGAUCACCCAGAUGCAUUUGACAACGACCUUAUAAUCGCGACCCUGUGGGACAUCAAGGAGGGAAAAACAGUACACAUCCCUGUUUAUGACUUUGUUUCCCAUUCCAGGAAGGAAGAGACAGUGACAGUGUACCCUGCUGAUGUGGUGCUGUUUGAGGGCAUCCUGAUGUUCUAUUCUCAGGAGAUCCGAGACCUUUUCCAAAUGAAGCUGUUUGUGGACACUGACGCAGACACACGUCUAUCACGGAGAGUGCUGCGUGACAUAAGUGAACGUGGACGGGACUUGGAAAGUAUUCUAGCGCAGUACAUUACUUUUGUCAAGCCUGCAUUUGAGGAGUUCUGUCUGCCAACGAAGAAAUAUGCUGAUGUGAUCAUACCGAGAGGAGCUGACAACCUUGGUGAGUGUUUGUGCUUUAUAGCAGAGAUUCUUCGACAUUGGAGAUGAUAUGAAAGAAAGUGA